CUCACCUGGCCUGGCUCGGCUCGGCCCAACCCAGCCCAGCCCGCCCCCCAUCACGUACCUGUCUCGCCCCACAUCAGUCACCUGGCCGCCCCUGGCCCGCUUCGCCCCCCAUCACGUACCUGGCCCGGCUCGGCUCGGCCCAGCCCAGCCCGCCCCCCAUCACGUACCUGUCUCGCCCCACAUCAGUAACCUGGCCGCCCCCGGCCCGCUCCACCCCCCAUCACGUACCUGGCCCGGCUCGGCUCGGCCCAGCCCAGCCCGCCCCCCAUCACGUACCUGUCUCGCCCCACAUCAGUCACCUGGCCGCCCCCGGCCCGCUUCGCCCCCCAUCACGUACCUGGCCCGGCUCGGCUCGGCCCAGCCCAGCCCGCCCCCCAUCACUCACCUGGCUCGGCCGAGCCUGUCCCGCCCCACAUCAGUCACCUGGCCGCCCCCGGCCCGCUUCGCCCCCCAUCACGUACCUGGCCCGGCUCGGCUCGGCCCAGCCCAGCCCGCCCCCCAUCACUCACCUGGCUCGGCCGAGCCUGUCCCGCCCCACAUCAGUCACCUGGCCGCCCCCGGCCCGCUUCGCCCCCCAUCACGUACCUGGCCCGGCUCGGCUCGGCCCAGCCCAGCCCGCCCCCCAUCACGCACCUGGCCCGGCCCAGCCUGUCCCGCCCCAUCCCUCACCUGGCCCGCUCCAGCCCCCCCGGCGAACCCGGCCUGGCGGCCCCACGUGCAGCAGCCCUGCGCCGGCGGCUGCUCCGUUGCAAACGGCCCGACUGGAAGCAGGAGCCGGAGAGCCGCUUUCUCCCCUCCCCGGCGCUGCGCGGAGCCGGAACCCGCAGCGCAGAGCGUGUUUCUGGCGGGGAGGCCUCGGAGGAGACGCUGGGAGCCGGGCGGGGCUGUGGGCCGGAGCCAUGAGCCGUUAUCAGAGGUUGGUGAGCGCUUCCCUUCAGUGCCAAAGGUUCCACACUGCUGCAGGAUAUCUAAAGAGCAAAACUGGGGCAGAGCACCGCUGGCUGGAGCGGCAUCUUAAGGAUCCAUUUGUGAGGGCAACAAAACAGCAUAAUUAUCGUUGCCGGAGUGCUUUCAAACUGCUGGAGAUAGAUGACAAAUAUAAGAUUCUUCGUCCAGGGCUCUCUGUGAUAGACUGUGGGGCAGCUCCUGGAGCUUGGAGUCAGGUUGCUGUACAGCGAGUCAAUGCUUUGGGCACUGAUCCUAAUGCCCCUGUUGGUUUUGUCCUCGGAGUUGACCUUCUUCAUAUUUCCCCUCUGGAAGGAGCAGUCUUCCUUUCCAAUGCUGAUAUUACAGAUCCAGUCAUGCUUAAGAAGAUCCAGGAGCUCCUUCCUACAGAGAGGGCAGACGUUAUCUUGAGCGACAUGGCACCUAAUGCUACAGGGAUCCGAGAGCUAGAUCAUCAGAAGUUGAUUAACUUGUGCUUGACCCUUUUGGAUCUGUCCCAAAGCAUCUUGCGGCCAAGGGGAACCAUCCUUUGUAAAUUCUGGGAUGGACGGGAAGCCCAUCUUCUCCAAAACAGACUAAUGGAGCGCUUCAAGGAUGUGAGAACUAUAAAGCCUCAGUCCAGCCGGAAAGAGUCAGCAGAGAUCUAUUACUUGGCAAAACUGUACAAUGAUGGAGUGAAACAUCAGAAACCCUGAUUGUGUCUGGCCUUACUGCAGUGGUUGUCAGUCACUGACUGGAUACUUUGAUUUGGAGUGUUUAAAAAAAAAAAAAAAAAAAUCCCACCAUUGAGACUCUGAAAUUGAAUUGCUUUAUGGUUAAGCCUAAUUUGGUGAAAUCUGUCAUUUAUAUAACACUAUAGGUGUCCGUCAUGCUUUACAGAUACAAAAUAAAACAAGGUUGUUGUCCCACUGAGUUUAUAGUCUAACUCCCCAUCUGGGAAGAAAGCUCUUGGAAAUGAUAUAAAACCUGGCUGUGGGGGAUGGAAACAAAAAUAAAACACUAGUUAUUGAUUUGUUUACAGGUGUAUGUUUAUUUCAAAUUGCUACUCUGUGACUCUAGUCACGCUUUGAACAAAACGUAAGGUGGUUGUAAUAAUGAGAGUGAAGAGAAGGGAUCUAGGAGUCAGUUUUACUUCCUCUGCAUUUUUUCCUAAUUUAGUGCAAUUUAUUAGUGCACUCUUUACCAAAUAACCAUAUGGGCUGAAAAUUUCCAUGCCAGACG